AUGAAAUUUAAGACCAAAAACAGCACAAUAAACUUGAAAUAUGAUCCGAACAGGCAUGACAAGAGCUGGGAGGUUGUGCAUGAGUACGCCGAGCGAUUUCGUGUCUGGUCAAUCAAAACAGAACACAGCAUCACCCCCACCCUGCUACCAUGGCUGGACGAGAUGAUGGAAAAGGUUACCUACAACCGGGUCCAAUCAGAAGAGUGCUCCAUCCUGUACAUCUGCUUGCCAGUGCUGGGGGUCGUUCCGGCGAUGAAGUUGCAGUUCAUACUACAAACCAUUACAUCGUUUUUGGCAGCCCGGGCGUCCAACUCAAUCGCGCUUGUUGUGCAUGCAAACCGCGCUGGCGAGGCCAAGAAGAAGGACACAAAAAUGGAACCAGAUGGCACCAAAGAUGAGAUCAUGGAGGACGCUGCUGAGGAUGAUGAUGAAGGCCGUCCAGCGGAUGAGAUUGAAAGUGACACGGAAAAUGAUGGUGGCGAUGUGCUACCUGAAUUUCAACACAAAUUCGAACAAAGUUUGCGUCAGCCUUCACGGAACCUUGUCGUUCGCGACCUGGUCCUGUGCUUCCAGCCAGAAAGCGUUUACGGCAGAAGGUCAGCAUUUCUCAAGGCUUUGAUGGUAACAGCAAAGGGCCCGCUUGGCAGCAACAUCUUUUGGAAGUCUCCUGCCUGGAAAAGAGGAUUGGUCACUGAUGUCCGGAUGUGCGCUAGGAGCGAGAUGUGGCGCCCUUCUACCCGUUUGAGCAUGGAUGCCGCUCUCACUGACGUUCAGGAGCAAAAGCAAGUGAAUGACCGGCAAAUUUUGUGUGCCACCAUCCUGCCUGGAGACAAUGACGGAUCGAAGGCCCACGUGAUGAAUGACCGCAUCGUGUCCAGCUGCUACCAUGGGGCUCGCAACGGUGAGAUUCAGGUUGAGGGGUUCCCCGACUUUGAUCCGUUGCUUCAGGAAAUGAAGGCUCAAACUCAAGAGGUAACACAGGCCUCAGGGGACUACAAAGUCACUGCGUGCUUGCCAAGUGGGGCGCUCGUUGUGAAGCCUGGCUUCUUCGAGCAGUUCAAGGGUCAAGCUGGCUUUCAAGAGCUGGUUGACAAUCAUGACUCAAGGUACAACAAGGACAAGAUCUCCUUGGUCGAGCAAACGUCCUCUGUUGCAGACAAGAAAUUGACAGAGAUGGUCCGCAAGUCUGAGGAUGGACCAAUUCCACCCGAGCGGAUUGCAAC